CCGAGGGCUGUCCGGUGCUGCGCGCAAUGAGCGUUCUAAUUGCCGAUUUCCUAGCGGCAGAGAGAGGCUAAUUCUGCUCUGGGGCUGGGAGGGGUGCCUGGAUUGCCGGCUCCGCACGGACUCCGCAGGCUGCCAGCCGACCGCGGCUGAGGCGGGCCCAGGCUCCGCGCACGCGCAGUUCCCACACCUUCCGGCCAUAGCCUACGGACAGCGGCGACUCUGGUGCGCCUGCGUAGACGCUGGCACCUGCCCCGUUUCCUGUAGGAGGUGGGGUCUGUAAGUGGAGCUGCCGGAGCGAUGAGGUCAUUCCUGGGGGCGAAGCGUGCGUGUCCCCGCCCCGACGUUCCGCCCCUAGUAAGACAAGAGCUAGAUCCCGGCGAUCUACGUUUCAGUCUUAACGGUUGCGCUGGCCGGGGCGCACGCGCACACUGACACGCGUACACACACGCACGCACGCACGCGACCGGGGCGGUGGUUGGCGGCUGCGGACGCUCGGGACUAGAGGGACGGGCGUGUAGGGCGAUGGGCGAGGCGGAGACGCCUUCUUUCGAGAUGACCUGGAGCAGCACCACAAGCAGUGGCUACUGCAGCCAAGAGGACUCCGACUCGGAGCUCGAGCAGUACUUCACCGCGCGAACCUCGUUAGCGCGCAGGCCGCGCCGGGACAAGGACGAGCCUGUGGAGUGGGAGACACCUGACCUUUCUCAAGCUGAGAUUGAGAAGAAGAUCAAGGAGUACAAUGGCCAGAUCAAUAGCAACCUCUUCAUGAGCUUGAACAAGGACGGCUCUUACACAGGCUUCAUCAAGGUUCAGCUGAAACUGGUGCGCCCUGUCUCAGUGCCCUCCAGCAAGAAGCCACCCUCCUUACAGGAUGCCCGGCAGGGCCCAGGACGGAGUGCAAGUGUCAGGCGCCGCACUUCCUUUUACCUGCCCAAGGAUACUGUCAAGCACCUGCAUGUGCUGUCACGCACAAGGGCACGUGAGGUCAUUGAGGCCCUGCUGCGAAAGUUCUUGGUGGUGGAUGACCCCCGCAAGUUUGCACUUUUUGAGCGGGCUGAGCGUCACGGCCAAGUGUACUUGCGGAAGCUGUCAGAUGAUGAGCAGCCACUGCGGCUGCGGCUACUGGCGGGGCCCAGUGACAAGGCCCUGAGCUUCGUCCUGAAGGAAAAUGACUCUGGGGAGGUGAACUGGGACGCCUUCAGCAUGCCUGAACUGCAUAACUUCCUGCGUAUCCUGCAGCGGGAGGAAGAGGCGCACCUUCGCCAGAUCCUGCAGAAGUAUUCCUAUUGCCGCCAGAAGAUCCAAGAGGCCCUGCACGCCUGCCCCCUGGGGUGACCUCUUGUACCCCCAGGUGGAAGGCAGAGAGCAGGCAGUGCCAAGAGCAUGCUGUGUUGCUGUGUGAGUGUGACAGGGCCAGUGGGACCUGUGGAAUGAGUGUGCGUGGAGGCCGUCCUCUGCUGGGGGAAUGAGCCCAGAGAACAGUGAAGGGGCUUGCCACCUGUGUCCACCUGUGGGUGUAGCUGGGUAUGGCUCUGCACCCCUCUGCCCCUCUGUACUGGGCGUUGGUGGGCCAGGGCUACCCUGGGAAGCUGCUCCAGGCUUGGAGCAGGAGUGGAGCAGACAGAAGUCUCCUCAAUUUUGUGUCUCAGAAGUGAGAAUCUUGGAGACCCUACAAACAGAACAGGGUCAUGUUUGCAGGGGUGAGGGCCCUCAUCUAUGGGGAAAGGUUUUGGAUCUUGAAUGUGGUCUCAGGAUAUCCUUAUCAGAGCUAAGGAUGGGUCCUCAGAAUAAGGCAGGCAUUGAGAAAGAGUCUUGGUUUCUCUCUAUAGUGCCAACUCCUCACACACCCCGAGGUCAGGGAGUGCUGGCUCACAGUGCAGCAAGUGCCUUAAUGCCUAUCCCUGGGCCAGGGUCUGUGUGAAUGUGGGCACUGGCCCAGAUUCAUACCUCAUUUGCUAAUCAAAGCCAGGGUCUCUCCCUCAGGUAUUUUUCAUGAAGUGUGUGAAUGUAUGUAAUGUGUGGUGGCCUCAGCUGAAUGGCUCCUGUGGGGAAAGGGGUCGGGGUGACAGUCAUCAUCAGGGCCUGGGGCCUGAGAGAAUUGGCUGAAUAAAGUUUUAAAGAUCCUC